AUGAAGGGUGACAAUUUGACACGCGAAGAGCCUCGGGACGCCACUCUUGAGAGACUCCGUAGCUCCAGCACGGUCAUGAUGUCCCCAGACCUCUUCGAAAGACUAUAUCUACAGCCGAUGAAUCAUGUGAAAGGUGAUUUACGGAAAACAUUUGGCAAUCCUACUCCUCUAGGGCUGUUGGGUUUUGUACUCGGACUUACACCUCUGGCAUGCUCAUUCAUCGGUUGGCGUGGUGCUGGCGGUCUUGGUGCUGCCAACAUUGGCGUGUUCUACUUCAUUGGUGGUCCGUGUUUGAUCAUCUCCGGCGUGCUCGAAUUCUUUCUGGGCAACUCGUUUCCGUUUGCAGUUUUCACGACAUAUGGAUGCGUUUUUCUAGCGCUCGCAUCAAGUCUUCACCCAUUCUAUAACUCCGCUGGCGCAUACGACCCUGACGGAAACUUCGCAAAGGGACUACAGACACCCGAAUUCAAUGCAACUUUCGCCUACUUUCCGAUCAGUAUAGCUUGCAUGAAUUUGUUCUUCCUGGUUUGUGCCACCAAGGUCAACAUUGUUUUUAUGCUGGUAUUUGCCGGCUCGGGACUUGGCUUCACGCUUUUGUCUGGUGCUCUGUGGGCUCUUGCGGAGGGAGCAGCCGAUAGCGGUGCAAAGUUAUUAGUAGGCGCGGGUUCCGCGUGGUUCUUCACGGCGAUUAUGGGCUGGUAUCUGCUCCUGUCGCAGCUUCUUGGAGUGAUGGGGUUUGACAUCCAGCUCCCGACCUCGUCUCAUGCCAACGCCACUAUCCCGAGAGUCCUCGAGUUAACACUGAGAAGAGACAAGGCCAUUUGA